AUGCAGAUUCUGCGGUCACCUCUCGUAGCCCUCCUACUCUGCUGCUACCUCUCAGGAAGCCGAGCUAACCGCGUCUACGUCCACCCCUUCCAUCUAUUUGCUGCUGAGAAUGUCAGCUGCGAGACCCUGCAGACCCAGACGUCCAAGCCUCUGAAGACGCUUCCCGUGGCCCCUCUUGAUAUUGAAGUCCUGACACCAGACAGUAGAGACCUGUCGAAAGUGGACGCACAGAGGCAGAAUAUCUCAGAGAGGACGGCAGUCCUGGCAGAGCUGUUGAACUCUCUGGGCCUGAGGAUGUACCAGGCUGUCAGCAGCAAGCAGCACAGCACUAACACCCUCCUCUCUCCGGUCAACACCAUAGGAUCCCUCGUCACCUUCUACCUGGGGGCUUCCAAGAAGACAGCGAGCUCGUUCCAGCUUCUACUGGGCCUGAGCAGUGACACCGACCGAGAGGACUGUGUGUCCUUAAUGGACGGACACAAGGUUCUCAAGACCCUGCAGGGCAUUAACUCUCUGGUGGACGACGGGCCGAAAGAUGAAAUCACCACCCAGGUCUGGACCUUCACUCGCCAGGACGCGCAACUGUCCGAGGACUUUGUUCAAGGCACACAGGACUUCUCCGACACAUCGUUCAUCCGCGGCGUGGACUUCUCCAGACCUCAAGAGGCCGAGCAGCUGCUGAACAGCUUUGUGGAGAAGACAUCAGACGGGAGGGUGAAGGGCAUCUUUAAAGAUCUGAACUCCAGCAGCGACCUUCUGUUUGUUUCUUCCUUUAACUUCCAAGGCAACUGGAGGACGGCUUUUCAACCAGAGAAGACCUCCUUGCAGGAGUUUCAUGUGGAUGAAACAACAACAGUAAUGGCUCCACUGAUGACCCACACGGGUCAGUACUACUACCUGAAUGAUAAGGUACGGCGGUGUACAGUUGUGAAGCUGUCUCUGAGCAAACGGUCCUACAUGUUGGUGGUCCUGCCUCAUGAAGGGACCAGCCUCCAGGAUAUUGAGUCUAAGCUCACUACGCGCACUGAUGUCAUGUCUGACUGGCACCAGAGCCUCCAGGAGGGUCUGUUGGAGCUGUCCCUCCCAAAGUUCUCAAUGUCUUCUGUGACUGAUCUGCAUGACCUGCUGACCAACAUGGAUCCAGAAAUUGAGGCCAAGCUGUUGGGCUCCCAGGCUGAGUUCAGCCAACUCAGCAACAUCAAACCCUUCACUAUAGAUAAGGCGGUCAACAAGGUGUUGUUUGAGAUGUCAGAGGAAGGAGCAGAACCUCAGGACAUGAUCCAGGAAGAGGGCGUCCCUGUGAAACUGUCAAUCAACCGUCCGUUCUUCUUUUCUGUCAUAGAGGGAGAUUUUAACGCCAUCCUCAUGUUGGGCAAGAUCACAAAUCCUACACUGUAA